UUUUAACAAAGAUUUCAGAUUAAGAAAUGCAGAUGGACUGAUUAAUUUAUAUUUCUAAGAAGAAGAGUAAUAAAAAAUACAUAAAAAUGAAUUUUGGAUAUGAUAAAAGGUGUGCUAGUCGAGGAGGUGCCUCAGACUCUAGUCAGAUGUCGAACGUUUUAUCCCACGACUACUAUGUAGCUGUUCAGGAGGAGGUAUGUGUGAAAGAGGAAGCAGCCCCGGCCUUGGACGCUGUCCCAUUCGCCGACACGAAGGACUCCGUGAUAGCAAUCAUCAAUGGGAAGCUCGUCAACUCAGAAGAGAUCCUGGAGAGCGACAUCCUUGUCGAAGGUGGAAAGAUCACCAAAAUCGAGAAGAACCUUGAGAUCCCCGAGGGAGCAAAGGUUAUUGAUGCCCAGGAUAGGUUUGUACUACCCGGAGGAGUGGAUUAUGGAACCAGGAUUCUUUCUCGAGAGUUUACAGACAGCGACGGUGUCGCUGAGCGCACAAAAUCGUUUAUUCUUGGCGGUAUUACGACAAUAGUCGACUCCAUCCAAAGCGAUGACUUUGAAAAGUCAUUUGAGUUCUUGAAGGUGUUAAAAGAUUCUGAAAAUGGGUUUUACUGCGAUUUAUCUGUGAAACUCCAUGUCCCGGAGUGGAACGAUGAGACCGAGGCGGUAGUUGAGAAGAGUGCAACCGAGUUCGGAGUUCGAAGCUUCCAUGUUAACCCGGAGAAGGUGAGUGACGAAGAACUCCUGGAGCUAGGACGGGUGGUGGCUGGUGUCGGAGGAGUUCUCUGCGUAGAUGCAGUAACAGGAUCGGAGGAUACUCGGACUCCAGCAGAGGAUAUUGAGGAGGGAUUGAUUAGAAGAGUUUGUUCUCUAGCACAUCAGGUGGAUGUAUCCGUAUUUUUUCUGAACGUGAUGUACUCCUCAACCCUGGAGCUGGUCUUGGAGUUCCAGGAGAAGGGACUCCGUGUAUACGCCGACCUUCUCACGGACCUGGAGAAUUUAAAAGAGUUGCCACUAGAUGGAGAUAAUAGAUUACUCGCUUCCAAAUCUAGAGGAAAACCGACUCAGGAUGAGAGCGGAGAUGAAUCAGAAGAUUGGAUGUCUCUGCUCUAUACUGAGCUGGUCCUACCAGAGAAACUGGAUAUCUCCAGGUUCGUUGAUCUAACCAGCUCGAACCCUGCUAAACUCCUGAACCUGUAUCCUAGCAAGGGAUGCCUCAGAGUCGACUCCGACGCCGAUAUAGUGAUUUGGGAUCCUAUGCGUAGCUCCACCCUCUCUCCCAGCACCAGCUCUGCCUUUAAUGUCGGAAAAGAAAUUGAUGUUUUCGGUGUUCCGGAGUUUGUCCUACUCGGCGGAACUGUAAUCGUUGCCGAUUCACAGCUCCGUGGUAUUAACUGCCUCGGUUCUCUACUAGCUCCGCCCCCCCAUCCUGCGACAGACCGUGAAUCCACAAGAUCAGCGGUUCAAAGAUCUGACCGGCCGGGAUGCCCAAGCCAGGAGGUCAAGAAGAAACCCUGGGAUAAGAAGAAAUGUGUUUCUCAGGGUGAGAUAUUUGCCAAGGAGAUGGGAAUCCAUCAGAGACCUUUAUCAGCACACGGAGUAAGAAACCAGAAUGAUUCUACCUUCUCCACCUUCUACUAAACACUGGGUUCGGACUUUUGCUCCGGGUCCAACCAGAAACCUGUUGCUCGGAGUUUCCACAGGUUUCAGCUUUAACAGCUUCCAAUACUUCUCUACAGCUUGAUAUUUAGAUCGCGCACCCGUCAAUACCACGACAUUUAUAAGCUUCAGUUCUUACAACCAGUUUAAUGCAAUCUACACUCAAGUGUGUGCUCGAAAAACACAAGAUAUAAAACAUGAAUAAUGACAAGGGGUGCAUGCAUGGUGGUCAACAUCGUCGCAACUAAUCAGAGAAAAACGAUAUCAGCAAUCUGAGUUUUAUCAACACUCCUUAAUUGAACCCAAGUUUGGUGUAAGAUUUAUAUAAAAAUAUAAAACAUUUGUGA